AUGACUACUGUUGAAAAGACGAUAGAUUUACGUAAUAAAGAUGAUGAUGAUGAUGAUGAUAACGGUGAUGGCGAAGAAGAAGAAGUAGAAGUAGAAACUGAAGAUGAGGACGAAGAUGACAACGAAAGUGAAGAGGCAGAAGAUGAAAGUGAAAAUGAACAAAGUGAAGCUUUCAAAAAAGUUGAAAGUGAAAUGAUAAAAGUUGAUAAGGAAUGCGAAGGAAUGACAGAAGCAACAAAAGCAGUUUUAGCUGCAAAGAAACGACAAGAAGAGGAAUACCGUUUGCAAUAUGAAGUACGUCGAAAAGAAGAACGUGAACGAGUAGAGCAAGAAUUGAGAAGUCUACGUGAAAAACAAGAAAGACGUCGACGUGAGCGUGAACAAGAAGAAAAAGAAUUAGCCGAGAAAAUGCGCUUAGCUGAAGAGAAACAUCGUCAAGAAGAAGAGGAGAGUAAAGCACGAAUGGAAGCACAAAAACGAAAACGUGAAGAAGAACGAUGCAAAAAGCAGGCGAUGCUUGCCGGUUCAUUGGCUGGUAUCGUUUCAUCCGGUAAUAACUGUAAUCCUAAUUUUGUCAUUCAGAAACCGGAAAAAACAGAGCGAAAUAAAAAUGAUAAAGCGAGAGAAGAAAAAGAAGAAGCUAAACGUGCUUAUAUGGCAACGGUAAACCAAAAACCGGACGUUUCUCACUUAUUGAUAAACGAUUUGAAAAUUAAAAUUCAUGAAUUGCACUCACGUAUUUGCAAAUUAGAAGCACUCAAAUAUGAUCUUGAAAAACGACAUGAACGACAACUUUAUGAUUUGAAAGAAUUACAUGAACGUGAAAAACAAGUGGCACGCCAUCGUGCCCUGCAACGAGGACUUGAUCCAAAUGAAGCAGCAGCGUCACCACAUCCUCCGAAGAUUAAUGUUGCAUCCAAGUUUGAUCGGCAAUUCGAUCGUCGAUCCUAUGGUGACCGUCGAAUAAUAUUUGAAAAACCUCCAGUUGAAAAAGCACUACCAAUCGUUCACGGUACCGCACGACCGCCACCGGAAUGGGGACGUACGGAAAAUGAAGAGUUGGAACAGCUUCGAAAAAUUAUUGAGCCACGCAAAUAUGUAGAAGAAAUAAAAGUAACAAAUGUUCGACCACCCAUCGAUCCCAUUCCAUUAUCGCUACCACAAAUAGAUUGA